AUGGACCUCAAAACAUUCGCCAAGAAACCCUUCAACUACCGCAACGAAUUACUGGUUCUUGACAUCUUCACCGAACAAGUUGGAAAAAAAGAUGUUUCAUUUGGUAAUAUCUUCACGUCGAGGAGGCUUUUUCGCAACGCUGCUCUUGCGGUUUUGGGACAACGUGAAGGAGUCUUGGCGGUGACUGAUGGUACCUACAAGAUCGACUUCAACAACUGGACGCUGAUAUCAUUCGGUACCUGUGGCAUGCGUUACAAGGAGAAGAAGGAGUACCAACACAAGUUUUACCCGAUAGCCUUCCUGUUC